CUCACAGUGGAUUUGAGAAUAGAAAGGAAGAGGAGCUGAUGUUUUUUCUGUUGGAACUGACUUAUGAUUAAAAGGUAAUAAAAAAUGAUUGUAUGUCAUUGGUAUGCUUGCAGAUUGAUAGAUCAAUGUUUUAUAGGGAGUGUACAUCCAAGUAAAUCAAGUAGUACAUAAUUAAUCUUUGAACUGUGUUCUUUGAUUCAUAAGAUAGUGUUUUGAAAUAAAAUUAUGUACGGUAUUUUCACAAGGAAUCACUUUAAAUGUGGUUAAUAUAGCAAUCAAUAAAAAGGUAUGUUCCUGGAAGUUUCAUAGAAUAGAAGAGCCCUUUACUUAGAAUACGUCUACCUGAUUUCACUUGACUCUCUUUACUGUAAUUUUCUAUUUCCCUAGCCUCUCAGAGGACAGUUGAUAAUGAGUGGCUCACUCCUGCUCGCACAGGUAAGCUGUGUAACACCUCCACAGAGACAAAGUAUGGCGUCAGCGCAUUGUACUCACUAUUUCUGGUGCCAAGCAAGACGGGCUGUCCAGAGCCACUAUAGGACAGCAUUAAGUUAUUAAGAUUGAUUAUUGUCCACAGUGUAAGGUUGAGCAUUUCUAUGACUAUGUGUUAUGUUUAUUGACCCACACUGUUUACAGACAAUUUAAUCAUUAGGUUGUUAAUCUUAAUCUCACAAAUAAUGGUUUAUGACAUUAUAUGUCUCUCUCUUUCCUCUCCCCACCCCUCACCAGUCUGUUCCUCCAACCACACUGAAGUGCCCUGGCUGCCACCAGGCUGGGGCCAGAAAGGUCAAAGGUCAGUGUGCUGUCUGUCAGCACUGCUCCAUGGCCCUGCGCCGUGUCUACCAGUUCUGCUGGGCCUGUGGGAGGGAGUGGCCCCAGUCAGGAGGAGCCCCGGGGGGCCAAGGGGGCCAUUUCUCCUGCCCUCUGCCAGGCUGUGCCCUCAGGGCUGCCCUCCUCUCCCCAGAGGUCAUAGUUGAUCCCUGCAGUUCAGCCCAGGGAUGCCCCUUCUUCAGGGCCUGUCCUGGCUGUAAGGCCAUCCUCACUCACACUGGAGAGGGAUGCCCCAAUAUCAUCUGUCCACACUGCGAUAAGGAGUUCUGCUUCCGCUGCUUGAAGGAUAGCUAUGAUUGUGAAGAGGAAGAUGAUGAUUUUGAGGAUCCUGUACCAUGCAUUGUGGUGGAUAACAGUCAGUCUCUCAGAGAGUUGGAACUGUAGGGGCUAUGCAACGGUUUGUAGAACAUUAAUUACGGCCUCAUUCAUUACCACUUGCAAAAAGAAAUCAUCUUGAUUGUAAUUACUAUUGGAACUUUUACAUUCAUUCUAUUGGACAAAGACGUCAUAUUGCUAUGCUGCAUUGCUGCUGUAUUGUUAUAUGCAUGCUGUCUAUUACCCAAGUAAAAGAUAAAUAAAGCCAGAUGUUAUCAUUUGUGUUUUGACACC